AUCACGUCCUUCUUUUUCCGUGUGCAGUUUCACGGCUCUUGGGUGCUUCUAGCUAAUGAGAAUCCGCUUGCUGAUGUGAGAGGAGGGACUUAAGGCUUGCAUCAUUCGCAUUUGCUGCGGCUGGAGCGCCGGGGUUGUUGCCGCUGUCAUGGGGCUGCAGGGAAUCAAGGCUGUUUUCUUUGACUUGGACAACACAUUGAUCGACACAGCCGCGGCAGGCAGGAGAGCCAUCGAGGCGGUGAUAAAUGCCUUACAGACGGAGCAUCACUGUGAUGAGAGAGAAGCCCACAUGAUCUGUGCCAAAGUCCAAGCUAAACUCCUCAAAGAGUGUCAUGACCCUUCCAAGAUGUGUAUUACUGACUUCAGGAUUCAACACUGGGAAGAAGCUAUACAAGAAACAAAGGGAGGACGAGCCAAUCGGAAUCUGGCUUCGGAAUGUUAUUUCCUUUGGAAAACCACCCGCCUGAAAUAUUUGACCUUAGCGGAAGAGACUAGAGGGAUGCUCAGGGACCUUAGGAAAGUUGUCCGUUUGCUUCUGCUGACGAAUGGAGACACACAGACACAGAGAGAAAAGAUUGAAGCUUGUGCCUGCCAGCCCUACUUUGAUGCUAUCGUAGUUGGUGGAGAACAGAAAGAGGAGAAACCAGCGCCGUCUAUAUUUCAUCACUGCUGUGACAUUCUGGGUGUUCAGCCUGAGGACUGUGUGAUGGUUGGUGACUCUCUAGAUACAGACAUUCAAGGAGGCCUGAAUGCAGGUUUGAAAGCAACAGUCUGGAUAAACAGAACAGUAACUGACCCAAAAGACACGUCUCCAGCCCCCCACUAUAUAAUUUCUUCUGUUCUUGAUCUCCCUGGGCUAUUACAGAACAAUGGGGUUGCUAAUUCAGAAAUCACCAAAGUGGCUAGUAUCUGCAAUGCAUGUGAUAGGUCCAGUGAUGGUGCUAGGUCUUUAGCUGACUAGUGGUAGCCCAAGAGGAUAUUUUCACAGGUGGGGCUUAAACUGGUUUUUCUUAAGUCGCUCAGUAAUGUGAACAUGAAAUGUAUACUGGCUAAAAAGUAUGUUUGAUUUUUCUCCGAUUUCUAUCAUCUGUCCACCAUUAACUUUUACAUGUGGUCAAAGUUUGGCCCUAAGGUUUCAUGCUCAACCAUAACAAAGUUUGAGUCCAGUGGCACUUUUA